CCGAUAUCCUAUAACAGUGAAUAUCAUUUUCGAUCUUAUAAUUUCCUAGCUAAGUCUCCUAAAUCGCGAUGGAUAACACAAAGCCAUUUGCUGGCAAAGUGGUAACUGUAACUGGGGCGGCACAUGGUAUCGGUCUGGCAACAGUCUACUACCUUGUCGCCCGAGGUGCCACAGUCUCCAUGAUAGAUCUUACUAGAAGCGCUCUGGACAAGGUGGAAGAGAAAGUUUUACAAGAGUUUCCUGACGCCAGGAUUUCGCACAAGGCAGUCGACGUCAGGCACAGACAGUCGGUCGAAAAGUGGAUCGAGGAUACUAAGGAGAGCUUUGGUAGAAUUGACGGUUGCGUAAACAAUGCGGGAGUUGUGGGUCACGAAUACAAGCCCAUCUCGGAAGUCUCAGAGGAGGACUGGAAUUACGUGCUCGAUGUCAAUUUAAAAGGGGUCUUUAAUUGCCUCCGUGCAGAACUACCAGUGAUUGAAGACAAUGGAAGCAUUGUGAAUAUUGCUGGGAUUGCUGGCCAGGUUGGUUUUGUCAACAUGUCGCCAUAUGUCGCUUCCAACCAUGGUAUCAUCGGCUUGACCAAGUGCGCUGCAAAGGAAAUUGCAGAGAGGGGAGUGCGGGUUAACGCCAUCUGCCCGGGCGAUAUUAAAACUGCACUUAUGCACGAUGAGAAUCGAAAGUCUCAUGGAGCCUUCGCGCCCAAGUAUGCGCCGCAGCUUUUCAAGCGAUACGGUCAUACUGAAGAGGUGGCCGCAUUGAUUGCCUUCCUUCUUGGAGAUGAGAGCAAAUUUACGACGAGUUCGACGUACAACAUUGAUGGCGGAUGGACUGCUUGAAGUCAAA